AUGGACCGGACAUGACAGGUGUGGAUCGGCGUCUGAACUGGUUCUUUGAAAUGAAUCAACCAACCGAAUCGAUUCUCCAAAUGGAUCCAUCCUCUCACAUCGGGGUGUGUGAUCCUCAGCAGAUGCAGAAUAAUUGUGUUAAACAGUCAUCGUUUCAGUGUCUUAACCAUAGAGACACUGUAGCCUCGACUGGUCUUCAUAAAGCCAUAAUGUAUUUGUAAUACAAGAAGAAGAAUCAUGUUCGUAAACACGGCAUUAGUCGUUAUUUCUUCAUUGAUUGGAUUGCACGUCACAGGAGGCAUCUCUGUGGACGAUGAGGUUUAUCAGAUUCUGCAUCGGCGCAUGGUUAAUGGAGUGACUGGACCCGUGUACCAGCACAUGGGUGUUCGCAGUCAGGAAAAAGCUUUAGAAUUUAAUGGGGAACUGCUUCAGGCGCAGUCUCGUGGACGGGUGGCUAAGCUGAUGCCCGCAGUGUUUUUAGAAACCCAUUUCCAGAGAACUCCACAGAGGCAAUCAGAUGUCAGCUUCCUGCAAAACAUUGACCAUAUGGAGAACAAGCCUGUAUCUGCCCACGAUACGGUCACAAUGGAGGAAAAUGAUGACAUCGAGUUGUAUGUGUCGUCUGUUGGAGCAUCAGAACCUGUGGCUCAUGAGGAAAUGAUCCGAUUGCUCAACAUCAACACCCUUCAGCACAGCUCUGGGCCGCUCGCCACCACUGAGGCAUCCACUGAGAAGACUGUUUUCAAAGACCACCAUGAGAAGAACAGCAUCUGGGGUAAAGACGGCUUCUAUGUGCUGGUUACCUGCCUCACAAUAUUCAUCAUCAUCUUCACCUUUUUAAUGGUGCUUUACCGACUAAAGGAGAAGGAAUUCUUGGAUCAUCAGCUCAAAGACCCAUCCCCACCCAGUCUGGACGUGCAGCUGGCACCCAUCCCUGCUCAUGGUGCUCAGCCCCCUCUGACCCUAAAGAACAGUAUGGUCCAGGCUAACCAGACGUCCAAACCCAGUGCCACCCAUUCUACCAGCAGCACAAGCGCCCCGUCCUGUAACAUCAGCAUCCAUCCGACUCAUUCCAGCGUGACGACGUCAGAGCCGCAGUGCCCACCCGGCCACUCUGUGGCUGAGCUCAAACCCACUCUGUCCUCCACACAUUCACCCUUCAGGAUGAAACCUGUUGCAGGCCUGCAGGAGCGACGUGGAUCUAAUGUCUCACUGGUGCUGGAUAUGAGCGCUUUGGGUUCAGUGGAGCCUUUGAAUAGUGGGGUCGUGACCCCACGUGAGCGUGCAACUCAGGAAUACCUGCAGUCAGCCAGUCGGGUCCUUUCACGGCAACAGCUUCGUGACAUCACACUGAACACACAGAUGCUGCAUGCAGAGUUUGCCGAAAUUCCAAUGAAUUUUGUGGAUCAGAAGGAACUGGAUAUCCCAAAUCAUGGAUCAAAAAAUAGAUACAAGACCAUUUUGCCAAAUCCACAUUCCAGGGUUAUUCUAAAGACUAAGAACUCCAACGACCUGCUCAGCAGUUACAUUAAUGCCAACUACAUUCGAGGCUAUCUUAGAGAUGAGAAAGCCUUCAUUGCCACUCAAGGUCCGAUGAUCAACACCGUGAACGACUUUUGGCAAAUGGUCUGGCAAGAGGACUGCCCUGUCAUCGUCAUGAUUACUAAACUGAAAGAGAAAAAUGAAAAAUGUGUUCUGUACUGGCCUGAGAAGAGGGGGAUCUAUGGAAGGGUGGAGGUCUUUGUUAAUAAUGUGAAGGAAUGUGACCACUAUAUAAUCCGCACCCUUAUACUAAAGCAAGGAGGACAGAGUCGUAAAGUAGAGCACUACUGGUAUACUUCGUGGCCAGACCACAAGACCCCAGAGAGCGCAGGACCCCUGCUGCAGUUAGUGAAUGAUGUUGAGGAGGACAGGAGGGGCUUUACAUCCGGUGGGCCAGUUAUUGUACAUUGCAGCGCUGGAAUUGGUCGGACAGGGUGUUUCAUUGCUACAACAAUCGGCUGUCGUCAGUUGGAGCUGGAGGGAGUUGUGGAUGUGCUACGAAUUGUGUGCCAACUUAGGACAGACAGGGGUGGUAUGAUCCAGACUGAGGAACAAUAUGAAUUUGUGCAUCAUGCCUUGAACCACUAUGAAAGCCGCCUUCCUGCGGAGCCUGCACAAUGAACAGCUGGAGGAGCGUCAUUUUUCAUGCCAAGAGAUCUGCUAUUGCCAUGAGGUUUCUGAUUCAGGAGAGAAGGCGGCAGAUACUGUUUGUGAUGAUGGAUCUUUUUGUUAUGUGCGUGUCAAGGCAAGGGGUGGCACACAUCACACCAUGCCGGGCAAAUCUAUUUUUCAAGACCACUAGUGUUAAAGUGUAU